UUGUGUGUCGCGCUGUCCUUUAUUCUGCGGGACGCCUGUGCUGCGCUGCGGGCGGCGGUACGAUUCGACUGCGCUAAUAUCUUCUCUAGAAACUUUUAGAACAAGGCUUGUCCGUUAUUACGCUCCUGUUGUUAUCAAGGAAGAAGAAAUAAUGGUUUCUACUAAUACUAAGUCGUCGGAAAUACAAGAUGGCGGUCAUGUUGUUGUUGCGAGUAAUGGCGGAUCACGUGUGGAACUCGUUGACAAGCACUUUUUAGAUUAUCAUGCUAACACGAUGGCGUUAGGAAAGCCUUUCAGGUAUGAUAACACUUGUCUUGUGACUGGAGGUGAUGAUGGUACUUUGAGAGUUUACAAAAUCAACAAAGCCAGCAAAAUCAACAAAGUCCCAAGAUACCAGGAGAUUUCCAAGCUUGAAACAAAAGGUGGCCCCCUCCGCUGCCUGGAAAUGCACAACACCACAAAGUUCAGCUCAGCAGACCUGAUUGUUGGAGAUGCUAAAGGAACACUGACCAUCCUAUGCAACGAGCAAAUACUAAACAGGCGAACGCUGUCUGAGGGAUGCAUUACUGCUCUUGCCGUUGAUGAAGAUUUUGUGGGCAAUCUGGCUAUUGUUGUUGGAGAUAACAGAGGAGUUGUAACAGCUGUGUCGCCCUAUGGCAACCUAUGGAGACUACAACUGCAGGACGCAUGCAAGCACACACAUAGAGAGCUUGGAGUGACACCCUCAGUGCGGUGCAUACUCCCAGUAAGACUGCAGAUGAUUGGCGGCAUCCUCACAAACUACCUCCUCAUCUCAGACAGCUGUCAAAACCUCUUUGUCCUUCAGAACGGCAUGGUGGUAAACCGAACACAGGUAACAUCUGUUGUCACGGCAAUGACAUGUGGGUCCUUUAUGGAGCUGCUGCCACAACUCCUCUCCCCCUCUCAAGCAUUUGGUAGCCCUCGACGGCAAAGCACAUCCAUUGCUAGGCAACCCCAGGUUGCCAUAGGAACAGAAGAUGGGAGCAUAAUGGUAUUUGCGGACUUUCAGCUGCAUCCUUAUGCCUCUGUUCAGCUGCCCGUAACUCGUUUGGUAUCGGUCCCUAAUGAGGAGAGACAGGACGCAGGGGAUUAUCUACUGUGUGCUGGACAUUUUAAUGCACUUGUGGUGCUGUUAAGACAGGAGCUGGUGUUACGGCUUGAGACGGAUGAUUGGGUUCAUACGAUUGCUUGUACUGAGGGUUGCUCUCGAGAUGGAAGGCUUGAUGUUGCUCUUGGACUGCUAAACAACACCAUACAGACUUAUGAGAUAACUUUGUAGUUCAAUAGAAUAGACUAUUUAUAAAGUGGAUACUGGAACUAUAAAUAUAGGCUGUUUUCACCUUGACCAAAGCUUGCAGGCCAUCUCUGUUAACUCUGAAGCUUUAUAAUGAUGAUUAUGAAUACCGUUUCAAACUCAAAGGUUAAUGUUGAUUAACUCAAUUAAAAACAAAAGGUGAAAUUUCCUGCAGAUUAGAAAUUUAGAAUCUCAGAAGUAUUUAGUGCUCAACUCAAGUUUUUUUUACCAACAUGAAACCGUGUAUCUGUAUAUAAGGCAUUUAUUGUACUGAGUCAAGUGAGUUGAAUUGAUUUCCUCGGUGCUUGCGGAA